AUGUUUGUUCCACAGCUUCCAAAUGCCUACGUUCUACCAGAACAAUCUGAGGACGAACAACACCUUCCCGGACCUUUCGAUCUACUCGAGCAAGCCCCCGAUGACUUGUUUGAGCUAUUCAACUCUCUAUUGCAAUUUAACCAACUCCUACCCUUCGACUCACCGUGUAACUUUGAUAUCCCCGAACCGGACCCUUUGAUAGUAGCAGAGCCAGCUGCCAUAGAUCUUCCCGCGCCCGUAGUUGAUGUUCAGCCUGAGAACCCCUCCGUAGAGGUCUCAGAACCGGCCGCUCUUGAUCUUCCCGCGCCCGUAGUUGAUGUUCACUCUGAGAAAUCCUCUACGGAGGUCCUCUGCAGCGGGAAAUGUAAAGGGAACUUACUAGGCCCCCACAAAUGCCAGCGCCUGCAGAGACGGCUCCACAUCGCCUGCCUCAGCACCGGCAAUUGUACGCAUAUCUCCAAGAGCAAAAACGACUUCAACCGCCACUGUCGGACAAAGCACGGGCUUAGGAAGGAGCUGCUUAAUUGCACUGUGGCGGGGUGCGAAAAGGUUGGGGUAAAAGGAUUCUCCCGCAGGGAUAAUUUAUUACAACAUUUGAGGAGGGUGCAUGGAGAGGAGCUUCCUGUUAUUCGGUACAGAUUUGGGCCGGCUCCUGCUUGA